AUGUUUCUCAAGUUACCCUUCAGCCCAUGUUCAUCCCUCACGGGGCUUGCACUUCAACACGCCCAAACGACCCGGAUGCUGGCUCGCCGGCUAUCGAGCACGACUGCAGCCGGGAGUGGAAAGGCCAUGAAGAGAAGCGCCGAAACAAGCUCAGGUUCAUUGAAGACGAAAAAGGCACGCGUCAAGUUGCCGGAGUAUCACGCAACCCCUUCUGUGAGGACAGAGGAUGGCGAAAUUGUGUGGCCUGCACCUGAGGAGCAGAUUGAGUCAGCCAGAGAGUUUAUACGUGAAUGCGCCGCAUCUGGCAGCAAGACCCUGAUUGUGCCAGACAAGGAUGCCGAUGGGCUCAGCUCGGGAGUAAUACUCCAGAAGACGCUGGUUCUUCUUGGGCUGGCCCCGGCCAAAAUAUCGGCACAUUUGCUUCAGAAAGGGAGCAGUAUUCACGAUGACCACGAAAGAGCUUCAAUGGCAUCUCAUGACCCAGAAUACAUAUUCGUACUCGACCAGGGAUCACGGAAGUCACCUCCGGUGAUAGAAAAGCCGCACAAGGCACUUGUGAUUGAUCACCAUCACGCCCUCGAUGACGACUUCCCUGAGGGGUCCCGGCAUGUGACUGCCUGUGACAGCCCCCCAGUGGCGACCAGCUCGUUGCUGACCUAUCUCAUCUGCCGGGACCUCCACGAAGACGUGCAGAAGGAGUGCGACUGGCUCUGCAUCAUGGGAACGCACGGCGACCUCGGGAACACGCUGAAGUGGGAGCCGCCGUUUCCAGACAUGAAGGGCGCCUUCAAGCAGUAUACCAAAUCGGCCAUCAACGAGGCGGUGUCGCUCAUCAACGCCCCCCGGCGCACAGCAGCGUUCGGCGUUCCCGCAGCAUGGGCUGCUCUGACCGCGGCGCAGUCGCCGUCGGACUUGCUCAAGAACCGAGGGCUCCUCGAGGCCCGGGCGGAGGUGAAGGCCGAGGUUGAGCGAUGGGCGCACACGGCGCCCAAGUUCAGCUCGGACGCCAAGGUGGCCGUGUUCAGGAUCAGCUCCAGGGCGCAAGUCCACCCCGUGAUCGCGACGAGGUGGGCCGGGCACUUGCAGUCGAACAAGCUGGAGGUGGUCAUGUGUGCGAACGAAGGGUACCUGCCGGGCAUGGUCAAUUUCUCGUGUCGGAUCCCACGGACAGCCAGGGCAAGAGAUCCGCCGGUGAAUAUCAUCGAAGUGCUCAAGGGGAUUGUGGAUAAGGCGACAGACGAGACCUUGAGGGCGAGGAUGGGCGAGUCUUUUGCAAGAGGGCACAAGGAGGCCAGCGGAGGGAUAGUUCGCACAGGAGAGUUUGAGGAAUUAAUGACACUUAUGGGAGUUGGGGGGAAGCCGGAAGGAGGCACGCCCAAGAAAGGGGCAGAAGCCAAGCCGGGGAACACUAUUACAAAUUACUUUGGUAAGCGGUCAUGA